CGGGGAAGAUGAUUAACAGGCGUCUGCCCUCUUAUUUAUCCCUGGCUUCUGCACACCUAUGUAUUCGUUUGCGCCCCACUGAUAGAGGGGACAGAGCAGGCAGCUCCGUGGAGUCCACUUUGUUGGUGCUGCAACAAAAACAACAACCAUGAGAGUGUUCUUCUUUAUUUUGACGCUCGGGUCUUCUCUUGCGUCUGACACACUACCUCCUGCCCAUGUCGGACCGUCGUCGCUCGGCUUCAGCUCCUCGGUCCGCUCGGUCUGCAAGCCCAUACCGAGUACCUUGUCCCUGUGCCACGGCAUCGGCUACCGGCACAUGAGGCUCCCCAAUCUGCUGGGCCACGACUCUUUGAGGGAGGCCCAGCAGCAGUCGGCCGCCUGGCUGCCGCUCAUCUCCAAGUUGUGUCACCGGGACACCAAGAAGUUUCUGUGCUCCUUGUUCGCCCCGGUGUGCGUGCCGGACUACAGCGGGCCGGUCAGCCCCUGCAGGAACCUGUGUGAGGCCGUGCGUGACCACUGCGUUCCCGUCAUGAGCGCCUUCGGCUUCCCCUGGCCUGAGAUGUUCGAUUGCAGCCGCUUCCCCCGCGAAACACAACUUUGCAUCCCCCCCAGCGGUGAUCAGGACUCACGGACAGCGGAGGAAGUCUCCCACGAGGAGGCGCUUAAAGGAAGUGUCAUUUGUGACGCCUGCAGUCUGGCAGCUGAGGGAGAGACUGACAUCCAGGACGACUUCUGUCAAAGUCCAUAUGCAUUCAAGAUGCGUCUGGGCAGUGUGUCGACAGUGGGAGGGGACCUCCAGCUGGUGCCUUUGGCCCGAAGCCGCAUUCUGAGAUGGGCAGGGGGAGGUGCUGAGAGGGCGGAAGGAAUUGGAGGUGCGAUGGCCCACAAUGCUUUGUGGCUGCACGAAGGAGGCACUUGUGCAUGUCCCGGCUUGGACUCGGCUGAGAAAAAAGAUAAUCAUGGUUUGGAGGAAGAGCCCGUGGAUAAAAAGGUGAAUGGGGCCCAAGCUGGAUGGUACUUGGCCCUGGCUCGGGCGGAGGAGGGAAGGCUGGUGUUGACUCGGCUGGUGCGCUGGACCAGGGGCGACAAAGAACUGAAGAAGUUCAUCAGAAGUCUCCUGAAACAAACAUGUGCUGACAUGUAGACCGUUAUUAGCAGGUUUUAAAUUUAGCAACCUAUCCAGCUAACAGAGUCUCUAAAUAACCUAAUUAAUCAGCCAUGCGCAGACUUUUAAACACUUGUGUUAAUGAAGAAGUGUUACAGUGAAUCUGCACACUGGCCACUGGCGUAAUUAUUUGUCCCCCAUUACCUUUAAAAAGGUGCUAACUGGCUUCAGGCCCAGAGCGGAUCUUUUAUUUAGUGCCUCUCACUAAUUUGAUAAAAGCGACAGAAAUAUGACCGAUGUUGAUGUUUUACAAUAUUUGUGUCGACCAGUGAAGCGUUUAGGACUUGUCAUUUAAACAUAUACGGAGGUGAAAUAUUGAAAAAAACCUAAUGAUGGCCAAUUAUUGUAUGCUGACAUGGACAAUUUAAAGCUGCUGUAUGUCACCGGCUCAAGAUCAAACAAUAAAAGUCUAUAUUUUUCACAAUUACGAUGAUGUUAAACUGCCUAAGAAUUGGCAUAAAUUGUUGUUCAAAUAAGACGACUGGCCACUCACGGCUGUCUGGCGUUCACGUAGUUUUCCGUGGCACGUCCACACACGCAAGCAAUCUCAGAGAAGCGAUGGACAAUUUGCAGUCACGAUGUUGUUAUUCAAAGAUAGCUAAACUUAGCCCAAUCGCUAUCAUUAGCUGAUAACAAACAUAACUAGUUUACAUUCUCAAAGCAGGAAGAGGGCAGGCAGUACAGUGCGUUCGAACGCGAGCACCCUCCAGGCAGCCGCGUUCCGUGACGUACAGCAGCUUUCAAAGAAAUCUUUCAGAUUCAACAGCAUAGUUGUUAGUCUGUACACCAAUUAUGUGCAGAUGUCAAUCACAUCUCACGUAUCCGCAGCAUAUUUUCUUAAAGUUGUUAAUAUGUGUGUGUAUAGAGAUGAUUUCAUUUGGAAUUAAACAGAGGAGUAUCCUAACCCUUUCCCGAUAAUGACACAAUUAUUUGAGAGCAAAUGUGCAUUUUUUUUAAUAUUGUAUGUAGUUUUGUUCCAUUGUGAGAAUCAUUUCUUUAAAAAAAAAAAAAAAAAAAAAAACAAGACUCGAGGAAAACAAAGCAGUACACAAGAAUUUAGCAUAAACAUUUUUUUCUAAAUAUCUUUAUGGUACUUUUUGCAUUUUAUGCAGCCAAGCUAUGCAUACUGUAAAUACUGUCAUUGUAGCCAGUGUGUUUAUUUGCCAAAGCUGCAAAGACGACGGGGCAUUAAUUGGAAUCAGGUGAUAAUUCGUGUUAUUUCUGAAAUUUGAAAAUAUAGCCAUAUAUAUAUAUAUAAAUAUAUAUAAAACAUAUAUAGCAAAUGUUUUAACUUAAUAAUAAUAAUAAUAAUGAUUUGUCAUGCAUGCAUGAGAGAAUGGAAAAGAAAACAGCUCUCAGUGACCGCAUGGAUAGCUUAUUAACAAUUAUAUUGCACAACAUAGCAGCAACAGAACCAAUGUUGUAAUAGUGGUAAGGAGGAAAUUCAGCUCGCAUUAAUGAGUACAGCAAGUGUAAUGCCUAUAGGGUUCACACCGCAUGCAGAGGGAGCUUUUUCAAAUGCGAAUACAGUAAUCCCUCGUUUAUCGCGGUUAUUUGCUUCCAAAUCUCACAAAUAUGUGAAUUUCUGUGAAGUAGGAUACCUUAUUCAUAAAUCCAAUAAUUUUGUAGUUAGAGCACAGAAAACCUACGACCUUCUGAAUACGGAUUUUAACAUUAUUGGAGCUCUCUAGACAUGAAAUAAUAGUUACCUUUACUACUGUUUUACCCAACAUAGUAGAUGUAAUAAGAGUGAAUAAGGCAUUUAUUACAUAAAUAAGACUCAUGCUCGUGUGUGUUGCUAUAAAUGUGUUCCCCAGGGGAGUUGAGUUGAGUGGUGGGUGGACAGAAAUUGACGUUAAAGGUUCAUAGUUGAAUUUUAGCUUGUCGUGGAUUACGGUCGCAACAGUAGCCCGUGGUUUUACUAGGCAUUAUUGUGUAUGUUGUGAGAUAAUUGAAACCUGCAAUAAAAGCCUGGUG